UAUUGCGUUACUUGUUGUAUAAAGUCUGCUGUAGAGAAACAAUGUCCAUGUGCAGUGUCAAUAAAGUAAAGUAGUAGUAUCUUUCUAUUGCUGUCAGAGGCCACACUUACUCAGAGCGAACCGGAAACGUGGAUUGACCUUCAAAAUAAAAGCUAUCCACUUACACAGAAAAAUAAACAUAUGUGCGGACCAAAAGAAACACUCCAAAUAGUUAAUGUGAUGCAUUUUUUAUUUCUGAAAACGAUUUUGAUAAACCGCAUGGCGCACAUUUGGUGUAUUUUAUUCUGAAAAAUGCGUAACUUGGCUGCAUGGUCGACCGGAUGCUGCGACGACCCGUGUCGCUGCAGUGUUGCGCUUUCCUGUUUACGGGCGGGAAGAGCGAACAUAGCCGACUGGAAGCGGCUGCGUUUAAAACCGACUGCACAUUUGUUUUAAUUUUUCCUCACAGCUCGCGGUUUGCGGGUUUUUUAAUGCUACACGGGGCGUCGCGAGAUCUACCGGAUACGUUUGAAGUGUGUUGAUAAAACACCCGGGGUACUUGGAGCGUGCAGAACAGAUGGAGGAUCCUCCUGCAGGUGGUGGCGGUGGCGGUGGUAGCGGUGGCGGCGUAGCAGCUGCGGAGGGCCCCGCGGUGCAGGUGGCAGAUAUCCGCUGGCCGAAGGGGGCUCUCCCUCUCCGGCUCCUCGAGUGGAAAGUCAAACCCGGUUCUCACGUGAACCUGGACUCGGUGCUCGCGCUAUGCGUCCCGAUACCCCAGGAGAAGGGGGCAGAGGCAGCCACCAGGCUGCCGGAGAGGAAGGUGAAAUCGGACCGCGCUGGAGUCGUCAAGGAGCUGUGCUGUCAACUUGGGCAGGUCAUACCUCCCGGAGGGGUCAUCGUCCGAAUAGAAGAAUGCAGCCAUCCAAUAGUAAUGAAGGGUUUAUGUGCAGAAUGUGGCCAGGACCUGACUCAGCUGCAAGACAAGAAUGGGAACCAGCAAACUCCCAUCUCCACAGCAACCGUUUCCAUGGUGCACAGUGUCCCUGAGCUGAUGGUCAGCUCGGAGCAAGCGGAGCAGCUGGGCAGAGAAGACCAGCAGCGGCUGCACCGGAACAAGAAGCUGGUCCUCAUGGUGGACCUGGACCAGACGCUGAUCCACACCACGGAGCAGCACUGCCAGCGUAUGUCCAACAAGGGUAUCUUCCACUUCCAGCUGGGGCGAGGCGAGCCGAUGCUGCACACGCGGCUGCGGCCGCACUGCAAGGCGUUCCUGGAGAAGAUCGCCAAGCUCUUCGAGUUGCACGUCUUCACGUUCGGGAGCCGCCUCUACGCCCACACCAUCGCAGGUUUUCUGGAUCCUGAAAAGAAGCUCUUCUCUCAUCGGAUCCUUUCCCGAGACGAAUGCAUCGACCCGUUCUCCAAGACGGGGAAUCUGAGGAACCUCUUCCCGUGCGGCGAAGCCAUGGUCUCCAUCAUCGACGACCGGGAGGACGUGUGGAAGUUCGCCCCGAACCUCAUCACGGUGAAGAAGUACAUCUACUUCCAGGGAAUCGGGGACAUCAACGCCCCCCCCGGGUCACGGGAAGCUCAGAUGGCCAAGAAAGCAGGAGGUCCGUCGAGUCGACCGGCGGACGGCCCGGAACCGUCCGGGACGUCGAACGCCGACGAGCCGAACAACGGCCCCAAGAAGAGGGCGAAAGACCUCGGCCUUUCCGGAAAGGAAGAGUCCGCGACGUCGACGUCUACCCGGGGAGCGCCGGCCGACGAACGGACACACCCCUCGGGGGUCGUGGAGGAUGAGUCGGGACGCGGUAAAGGGGCGGAGACUGCGGCGGAGACUGCGGCGGAGACUGCGGCGGAGACUGCGGCGGAGACUGCGAUGGAGACUGUGGCGGACACUGCGACGGAGACUGCGACGGAGACUGCGGCGGAGACUGCGACGGAGACUGCGACGGAGACCGUGGCGGAGACUGUGGCGGAGACCGCGGCGGUGGCGUCGGGGGAAACUCGGGUGGGCGACGGACCGAACGCAAAGGAAGACGAUAGCAACAGGACACUGGUGGCACGAAAGGCGCCGGACAGCGCCGACAAUAACUUGGAGUUUGAUCUCUCCAGCGACAGUGACAAUGACUCCAUGAAAGAGACAGCUCCCGCGCCGGAGAGCGACGGCGAAGCCAAGUCGGCGACGGAAUCCGCACGGGAAGGAGCCGCGUCGGGCGACGGGGACGGGAAAGGAGAAACCGUCUCCGACGCGGCAGAGCCGUCGGGCGUUCUGCCCCCGGACCCCGAGCUGGAUAACGGCCGCUCGGACCGGAGGGAGCCGGAAACCGAGUCGCAGAACAGCGAACAAUCUGGCGUCACCAUGGGAGAGGAGCUGCUGGACCAAAGCAUGGAAGAAGAGGAGGAGGGGGAGGAGGACGAGGACGACGAAGCGGACGUCGACCAGGACGACCACCUGAUCUACCUGGAGGAAGUGCUGGAGAGGAUCCACGCCGAAUACUACGCGCGGUACGAGACCUACCUGAAGAAGGAGGCGCCCGAAACGCCGGACAUCCGCAAGAUCGCCCCCGAGCUGAAGGGCAAGACGCUGGCGGGCACGACGGUCGUGUUUAGCGGCCUGUACCCCACCAACUACCCCAUGGAGAAGACCCGCGAGUACUACCACGCCAAGGCCCUGGGGGCCAAGAUCGGCAAGACUCUGGUUUUCAACGCCGAAGACGCCUGUCGGACGACGCAUCUCAUCGCAGCGAGAGCCGGCACCGAGAAGGUCCGCCAGGCGCAAGGCUGCAAGCACCUCCACGUCGUCAACCCCGACUGGCUGUGGAGCUGCCUGGAGCGCUGGGAGAGGGUGGAGGAGCAGCUGUACCCGCUGAAGGAGGACUGCUCCAAGAUGCCACAGAGCAACAGUCCAACGGCGUUCCCCGACCUCCACGGCUCGCUGCAGACGCACGUCUUCCAGCCGGCGCCCGUCCAGCACAGGCCGCUUCCCCAAGCGCCCGAGGUCCGAACCUACGACCCCGUCACUGGGAAGCUGAACCGCAGGGGGCCCCAGGCGCCGCGGCCGCCGUCCUACCUCCAGGGAGCGGGGUCCGGAGAGCAGUCCUGUCUCAGUGGACCUUCAAAGUACCAGCAGGACGACGAGCAGCCCGGACCGUCUCGACCGACGCGACAGCAGAGCAUGUCGGAGACGAUGCCGCUGUACACGCUGUGCAAGGAGGAUCUGGAGAGCAUGGACAAAGAGGUGGACGACAUGUUGGACGAGGAGAGCGAGAACGAAGGUGAGGGCCGAGCGAACGAGAAGCGUGGUAAUGGAGCUGGACAGAUAGAAGAAGAAGAAGAAGAAGAAGAAGCAUCAUCAUCAUCAGCACCAGGAGGAGAGCUCGGCCCUCAGGCGGUGACCGCGGAGGAGACGAUCCAGACGGCGUCCGGUGAGGCCGGCGUGAAAAGGGGCCACAAGCGUAAGCACGAUGAAGCCAGGGAGGAAGAGGACGACAACAAGGAGGAAGAAGAGGAGGAGGCGAGGGAGGUAUCCGCCGACGAGUCGUCCAAGGACUCCAACGAGGAAGGCGGAGGAAGCAGCUCGGAGGCGGACGAGAUGGCCGCGGCCCUCGACCUGGAGCUCAAUGACUUUAUGUGACGUGGGAAAUGAAGAGACUCCGAACAUCGGCUCCAAGACGAGGUAUCGGGGGGGGAAUCCUAUUUUUCUGCUUCUGGAAUCGGCGCGAGAGCCGAGAGAACGAUGAAUGUCCUGUACAGAGAUGAUGGUGUUGCUGUGUAAAUAAAGGCGUAGUUUUUUUUUCUUUUUCUUCUUGUAGCGUUGAUGAUGUAAUGGCCUUUUUUUCGGCGUUAAACAUUUUUGAUGUUUUACAUUUUAUUGUAAGAUAAACAGCAGGAGGCGUAACAUUU